ACUUCUCUAGCCAGAAUCUUAGAAAAGAAAUUAUCCCAAAAUAUAUAAGUCCAUGAAGCACAAGAUAUUUAUAAUAGAGCUCUGAAAAAUCGAUCAACAAUAACACCAAAAUGAGUGCUUCAGCUAACAAGGGCACUGAAACUGCGACUACUCAAUGUCUAAAUGAGAAGAAGGUGGAGACGGUAGAUUUUCGGUCAUCAGCAGGAAGAGAUCAAGAGCAGAAGGCAGUGCAGGUUAUUCAUCAGCCACAUCCACAGCCACCAGCAGCGGCCUCAAACACCAGCGGUGGUGUCCUCACAAAUGCUGCUGCUUCUGUUGCAUCCACCCUCCAGUCUUCCAAGGAAGCAAUAUCAGGAAAAUAACUUUACACAAUCCAACUACUUUCUUUGUAAAUUGUAAUCCAUUUGGCAACUUUAAUUUGGUUUAUAAAAUUAAUUCUCUUAAC